UAAGCCGUCCAUUUCGCCUUUCAUUGCCCUGGGCUUCAUUAAUUUACACCUAAUGUGGUUUUCCAACUAAAAUCAAGGGCUGCCGUAGAAAUUGCAAUAUUUUGCACACUGCCGCCAUUACUAGGUAGACACUCCAUUUUUGCGGCCGAGGCGGCUCUACAGGUGAUGGUUCGUUAAGGAUCGAUCGCUGAAGAAGAAGCUAUUUUUCUGUAUGCUCAGAGGAAAGUAGAUAAAAAAGGGAAGAACGAAGCAAAACAGGGCAAAGGCGCGCUGACGCAUCGCAUGGCAGAGAUUUGGGGGGGAGGAGGAGGAGGAGGAAGAGGAGGGCAGGGAGGGGAAGGAGAGGCGUCAGGGUCGUAUGGAGGGGGCGGAGCAGGCGGUAAGCUCCGCACGUCGAGGUCAGCGCGCCGAGCAGCCUCCACACCGUAUGACCGACCGCAGACGGGGCGCCAUGCACCAGCGGCUGUUAGGGCAGCAGCGAGAGCAGAGAGUGAUAGCGGCAGCUGGGUGUGGAGAGCAGUGGUGGAUCCGGCCAGCCGUCUUAUAAAUAAUGGUGCGGUGAAAUGGUUCAAGACCGUCUUCAGGAAGCGCGCUCUCCCGCCGCCCACGCAAGAACUUCAGGAAGAAAGCCUUCGAGAAGUCGAGGAAGAAGCUGUGGAAAAUGCUGAUCUAACAGAAGUGACUGAUAAAGAGGGAGAAAUCAGCCCAGUGGAAAAUCAAAGAAAUGAGUCUGAAAUUGCUGGACUCGAGCAGCUCUUGAAAAAUAAAACACUCUCAAGGGAGGAGUUCAAUCACUUGAUAGGUGUAUUACAGUCACGUGUUGUGGAUAGUUCUCCUGGCAUGGAAAACCGUGAAGAAAAAAUGAGAGAAGAACUAAAUGGUAGAAAUGAACCAAACAAUGUGCAAAUUGCAGAGACUCAGAGAUGGCGAGAUGAGAGGAAGAAGGCAAGGGAAGAAAAAGAUAACCCUUCUUGGGGCAAUGGCUUGUUUCCCGAUGCAUUGUCUCCCUCUGUUACUGGAAAUGUUUGUGAUGAUGCUGGUUCAACUCCAGCAGAUAUAGCAAAAGCUUUUAUGGGUGUGCGGUCUCACAGGGCACCAACAUCCACUUUACGUUUGCAGCGUAGACCUUUUGGAGAUGAGAGUACACCGAAUCGAUUAUUUCGAGAUACACACACCCAAGAUAGAUCCAAUGCUUAUCAACUUAUACCAAGAACAACAGAAAGUGAGUUGUUUGGGAAUGGGCAGGUUCCAGACAGGUUGAAGACCCCAUCCAAUAGGCUUAAUAGCCUCCCAUAUCUGAGGUCUCAAAACAGAGUUAAAGGCCUGAAUUAUACACCAUAUGCCAGAAAUCUUCGUCAGCAGACUCAUUCUGAGCAUAUAGGUGAUGGGACUCCAAUUAGCACCCCAGCAUCACAUUGGACACCAAUACAAUCUCCACUUACAGGUGGACGACAGAUGUUGAAAAAGAGGACUGGCUCUAUGUUAGAUGAUGGUAUGACAUCAGGAGGGCCAAUAAGGAGAAUCCGGCAAAAGACUACUUUUUACACCCCAUUGAGGAAUUCUGAUCCAUCAUGUUCAACCAGUAAUCAGUUAAAUCCUUUCUCAUCACAUGCAAAUGAUUUUGGACAAAAAACAGUGGCUGGAGUUGCUACAAAGCCUAUGGAAACAGAGAAACAGAAAUUUCUGUCAGCAUUUCCAUUACAAGAGGAGGGCACAAAAGCUUUGACUUCAAACCUUGGGUAUGUGCCGCAACAAUCCAGUGAGACAGCUCGUAAAAUUUUGGAGCAUCUGGAACGAAUGGUGCCCUCGCCUAAAGAAAAGUCUGUGGAAUCACAGUUGGCAAUUGCAAGGUCCAAGCCUCCUACACAGCUGAAUGUUAGCAUGCUUAAUGGACAUGCAAGAAGAAGUACUGAGUCUGUAGACAAGAUAGCCUUUUUGGAUAUGCAUGGACAAAGCACCUUUUCUCUUAAGGGCAAUAAUCAAUCACGUGGUCAAGAAGCUUCUGCUUCGGAGCAAAUAUUUGAAGGUAAUGGAAAAUCUCCCUUGACAAAAACUUUGGAAAAUUCUGUGGAAGCACCUAAGUUUCAUGGUACUGGAGAUGUAGAUCUCCAGCAUGUUAAUGGGAGUUCAUCAAAGGCGGACAUGAACUUGCAAGUUCUUUAUAGUCCUCCUGUUUCAGAAAAAGAAAAUGGUUUCCGAAUGAGUGCACUUGAGGAGUCUGAUGAAGAGGGCCAUGUAAGCAAAAAUGCUACUAUUUUAGUUAACUCUCAGACUGGAAGUGGCACAUUUAUAUCUCAUGGAAAUAGUACCGAUAUUACAACUUUGAAAAGGGAUAAAGCAAUACCAUCUAUAACUUCCUCAGAAGUUAAUACUUCCACAUAUGCAAUUUCUGUCAUGGCUGAGCCAUCUACAAAUAAUUCAGGGUUUACCUGUCCUGUUGUUUCAGCUGCUAGUAAUUUCCCAGAACCACCAACCUCAACAGCAACACCAUCACCUUUGUGUAAAGGUAAUAUUCAGCCCAUGACGGAAAAUAUUACUCCAACUUACAAUUUUGGCUCAACGAGCAGUAGCAAAGGGCCUGUUUUCUCAUUCUCCACAUGCGUAUGUACGGAUGUGGAUACUUCCAAGCCAGAAUUUGAUUUCAAAUUUAAAAGCAAGCCUGAAGAAGCUUUCAGCAGUACUGCUGUAGCUGCAGCUGUGUCCACUUUGCCCAAUCAAACUUCAUUGGGAUCAUCAGAACCUUUGGCUUUGGUCUCCAAAGUUGCAUCUAACCCAGUAUUCUCAGGAAACUUGUCAUCUGUAUCAAGUACAAGUAGCAACUUUUCUACAUCAACUGUUGCAAUACCUGCCUCAAGUGCCAAAGUUUAUAAGACUGACGGUAACAGUUCAGUGACAUUUUAUCCUCCUGGAACAAGCUCAUCUGUAACAUUUGAAAACUUGUCAUCUGUAUCAAGUUCAGGUAGCAACGUGUCUACAGCAACUGUUGCAAUACCUACCUCGGGUAAAGUAUUUAGUGGAGCUGUUUAUAAGACUGAUGGUAGCAGUUCAGUGACAUUUUUGCCUCCUGGAACAAGCUCAUCUGUGACUUUUGGUAGUACAAGCCCUCUAUUUUUUGGAUCAGCUGUGGUUACUUCAGUAUCGAGUGGUUCAGCCAGCCCAUUUGGCUUGACUGCAUCUAGUUCUUCUAGCUCUGGCAGUUCGCCUUCUGUUGGCCUCGGUACCAAUCCAUUUGGCGUAAACACACCUGCUCCAUUGUUUUCUUCCAGCACUUUAGCAAACGAAACUGCCACUACAACCACAUUUGCUGCUUCACGUAACCCUUCAUUAGGGUCGAGUGGUACUUCUUUUGGUGGGAGCAGUGUUCCUUCAUUUGGUUUAAGUAAUACUUCUCAGUUUGGUUCCAAUACGUCUGUUUCAUUUGGAUUGAGCACCACUCUGCAGCCCAACACCUCUCCUUUUUUUGGAUCGAGUACCACUCCACAGUUUGGCUCCAAUUCAUCUUCUUUAUUUGGAUCAAGUAGCACUUCUCAGUUUGUUUCAAACACCUCAACUUCAUCAGUCUCAAGUAUGAUGUUUGAUGAAAAUACAUCUUGUUUUGCCACAGGUUCCCGUCCUCCUUUCGGUUCUGGCAGUACCCCAAUAUUUAGUUCUGGAAGUACAUUUGGAUCAGGCAAUUUAUCAUUUGGUGGAAACACUACCUCAUUUCCUUCUUCCAGCACUACAGCAUUGGGUGCAAGCAGUGCCUCCUUUAGUUCUGCCAGCACUUCACCUUUUGGUGGAAGCAUUGGUUCAUUUGGUUCUAGUAGCCUUCCAGCAUCUGGUGGAAGCAGUGCCUCCUUUAGUUCUGCCAGCACUUCACCUUUUGGUGGAAGCAUUGCUUCAUUUGGUUCUACUAGCCUUCCAGCAUCUGGUGGAAGCAUUGCUUCAUUUGGUUCUAGUAGCCUUACAGCAUCUGGUGGAAGCAGUUCUUUAUUUGGCUCUGCUAACACUCCAAUGUUUGGUUCAAAUAGCAAUCCGCCAUUUGGUGUGGCACCGUUCUUUGGGGCUUCCUCCGCUGCUUCUUCCUCACAAUCACCAGCAACCUUAUUUGGAUCUGGGUUUGGUAGUACGCCAGCUCUGGCCUCCACAGGAUUUUCUUUUGGAGGAUCUGUUGCUUCAAGCAGUGGCUCAUUUUCUGUUGGAGCCUCAAGUGGUACCUCACCUGGUACAUUUACAUUUGGUUCCAAGGACACCACAACAUUGGCUCCACAAUCAAUGUUUGGGUUGACAAAUUCAAAUCCUACUUUUGGUGCAACCGCAGCAACACCACCUACCGAUCAGAUGGAAGACAGUAUGGCAGAGGAUCUUGCGCAAGUAUCUGCUCCACCUGUAUUUGGUGGACAGUCAGCUUCAUCAACCCCAGGAUUUGUCUUUAAUUCUCAACAAAGUGUGCCACCAAAUUUUAUGUUUAAUUCCCAACCAAGUCCACAAGUAGCUAAUCCUUUUGCAGCCGGUGGUCAAGGGGCAUUUACUCCUCCAGCAGGGGCACUUGAGUUUUCUGGUGGAAGUUUUUCUCUUGGAGCUACAAGUGAAAAACCUGGCCGUAAGUUUGUAAAGAUAAAACGAGACAGAGGAAGAAAAAAGUAGAUUUAAGCAUCUUUUGGAGCUAAACAGCUUUUAGAUAUAAUGUAUUACUUGUGCUUUCUUGGCAUGUUCAGGUCUUGAGGGUUAAAUAAUGGAUGUAAUGGUCUUGCAUUAACUGAUAAAUUUUAAAAGAAAUCAGCAAAAAUUCUCACUAAAUUAGUUGUAAUCAAAUCGCAAUUGCCAAUUUA